GUUUCUCUUCCUUGCGUUCUCUGUUAGGGAAUCUCCGAUGGCUGAGAGUACAGAGACAGAGAAGCUAAGUCUGAGACUUCUCAUAGAUGAACAGAAGAACAAGGUUGUCUUGGCUGAAUCUGGUAAGGAUUUUGUUGAUGUGCUCUUUAGUUUUCUCGCACUUCCCAUGGGAACUAUUGUAAGAUUGCUUGAGGAACAUCGGAAAUCGCCUCAAGUGGUUGUAGGAUGUUUUAACAAUCUUUACAAAAGUGUUUCAGAGAUGGGUAUUGAGAGUUUUCAGACAGAAGCAUGUAAGCAAAUUCUACUGUAUCCUAGGAGUGUGAAUCUUGAGAAGUACAGAAAGAUUAAGUUGAAAAUAGAUGACACAGAGGCUGUCAAGUACUUUGUUUGCUCAGGUGUUCACUACAGAGAAUCCUGCAGAACUUUUUAUAGCAUUUCGAACAAGGAGGAAUGUGAAUGUGGAGAGUAUGAGAACUCGUAUUUUGUCAGAAGAUUGAUGAAUUGGGAGAUUCUGAGACCUGAAAAGGAACAAGUUCAAGGAAGCAUUUUUAGAAAGGAUAAUGAUGGAGUUUUUGUCAGCUGUAAAGCUUGUUCUUUCAUUAUAACAGAUGAUCUGAAAGUGGCGGCGAGCUCUAUGGAUUAUGUUUUGAAUACUCUCAGAGGCUUAGGCUACGAAAAUUCUCACAAGCUCGGUGAAAUACUUCUUGAUGUCGGUUUCAAUGAGGUACUUACUUUGCUGGAAUGUUUAUUUACUUCGGACUCUCCUUUAACCGACACUUUUAUGAAGAAGCAAAGUUCAUUGCGCAUGACCUGAUCUAGUAUACCUCUGAGUCCAUCUUUGCAAGGAUCUGGAGACGGAGCAGGACCAGGCCAAACCAUAACUUUUAAAGCAUUUGUUAGAAAACCGGACACCAAGAUUCUCUGUGUUGAAUGUGGAGCAGACUUCAUUGAUCUUCUUUUCACCUUUUUAGCUUUGCCGCUUGAAUCCGUCUGGGACAUCUCUGGAGACAGUAUCAGUUUAGGCUGUAUUGGAAACUUAUUCAGAAGCUUCAAGAGUUUGAAUGAAGGAACUGAUGCUUCAUCCUCUUCCAAAAGCCAGCUUCCUUGGCUUUAUAGCUGCCCUAAACAGUUACUUGAUGUCGUCACUGAGAAACAAGAGAUCUAUUGCAGUUUCAAUCGCUCUGUUGAUAAAACCUAUGGGUAUGACUUUAAGUUCACUAGGAAGAGGCCUGAUUGUCUGAAUUCAUAAAAGGAAAACAACCUGAACAUGUUUACCACCUGCAAAACAGCAGUUUUAUAUAUGACAAGUUUUGGGUUUAUGAGGGAAAACAGCAGGUUUUUGGUAACUGAUGAUUUGGUUAUCAAACCGAAGAACUUGGUUUCAAACAUUAGUUUGCUAAAUUUGAAAAUGCACAUGGAGAAGGAAGAUGUUGAAGAACAAGUGAUCACCAUAGGGAAACUAGAGGCUAUCAGUUUGUUAAGAGCUUCUGUGAUAACAUCCUCAGCUUUAACUACUUGUUUCUGGAGCUUAAUCGCGAAGAAGGCCAAAGAAGAAAUUUAAGGGAAGAGAAUUUCAGGAUCUAUCUGGUUAUAUUUUAAGAGGCUCAGUAGUUAUGUACCAGUAUCAUCUCCUAUUUUAACUUUAUCAAAAAACACUAUUAGUACUCGUCAUGUUUAUCUUCUUAUUGAAUGAAGUUCAUCCAAACUGAGUCAAUUACUUUGUGAUGGAUUGCUUCGGAUCCAGAUGGUUAAGCUUAAGUACUUAUGGUUUUCAAAGAACCGUGUUAUAGUCUUAUAGACCAAAGUUUUUGCUGGUGAAGGCAUUCAUUCAGACUAACAGUUUGGUUUUGAUACUAUGUUUCAUUUCGUUUUGGUGUUGUUUUGGUUUAGAUAAUCUCAGAUUAAGGGUUUCAAGUA